CGACGAAUCGCCUUGUUUCUUAUCUCAUUGGAUGCAUCGACGCCGUGAAGAUGGGCGGUGAUAAGGCUUCACGAUAUGGUUCUUCCAAAAAGGAACCAAGUACUCCUCAAAGUGCGAAGAAAUCUCACAAGAGGAAGAGAGACCUAGAUGGCUCCGCCGUCGCUACCUCGACACCAACACCGACGAAGAAACCAAAGAAAAGUCAGAGUCCCUCGUCAACCCCCGUGCUUCAAAAGGAAAGCUCGAAGAAGGGAAAGCGAUCCAAAACCACCGCAGAGAGCGGUGUUCAAGAAGAUGCGACCACGAAAGAGAGUGCUGUCUCGCCGGAUGGCAGCAAGGCGAUCUCUUCAAACGCGAAUGACCACAUCUCUAAGGCCGAAAAGAAAUCAAAGAACGGAAAGCGACGAGCUUCAGGAAACGAUAUCGAUGCUACUAAAGGAGCUUCAAAUAUAGAUGAGUCGAGCAAGGACCUGAAAAGCAAUGCGAAGGGGGAGUCAAAGGUUCGGAAGAAGAUAAAGACCUCCGAUGAAACACCUGAAGAGGAGGAUGGCUCCAAGUCUACAAAACACAAAUUUUCUGGUAUCCUGUCGAAAUUUGAAAGGUCGAAGGAGACAGCGAAGGGAAAGAAAGAGGAUGCGGAGGGAACAGAAGCUGCGGAGACAAUGACUGCCGAGCCUGUUAUAGCUCAAGGUCUUGAGCCGUUGCCACAACCAGAAGCACCGCCAGAACAAGUCGAGGCACCAACAUAUUCAUCCCUUCCGCCAUGGCUAGCAAACCCUCUUAGAACAUCAGCAGAGGAGAAAACCAAAUUCUCUGAUCUCGGAAUCGACUCCAAACUUCUCGGUGUUCUCGAAGAAAAUGGCUACAAGGAGGCAUUCGCUGUGCAAUCUACUGUCAUUCCGCUGCUGCUACCUGGACCAAAGAAACACUCGGGAGAUCUGUGUAUUUCCGCUGCAACUGGUUCUGGAAAAACCUUAUCUUAUGUGCUUCCCAUGGUCACUGCAUUGGAACAGGUCCCAGCCCCCAGACUACGCGGUUUGAUUGUGGUGCCGACAAGAGAGUUGGUGAAGCAGGCCAGAGAAGCCUGUGAGCUGUGUGCUGCUGGGUCCGGUUUGCGGAUCGGGUCAGCCGUAGGAAACGUGGCAAUUAAGGAUGAGCAACAUUCCAUAAUGCGUGCUGAUCAGGUUUACGGCCCUGAAAUCGUCAAGCAAAGACAGCAAGUCAAGCUGACUGGCGAGGAUUGGACAAACUUCAACCUCCAAGAUUAUAUUUCGGAAGCAGGGGAUCUGAAUGAAUCCUUGCCCGGCUAUGUCCAUAAGCCAGAACCCAAUGUGGACAUCCUGAUCUGUACCCCGGGUAGACUAGUCGACCAUCUUCGCUACACCAAAGGCUUUACUUUGAAGUAUCUGCAAUGGCUCGUGAUUGAUGAGGCUGAUCGAUUACUUAAUGAAAGUUUCCAGGAAUGGGUGGACGUGGUGAUGAAUUCGUUGGAUGCGCGAAAGGCGCCAGAGACCUUUGGUUUCAGUGGAAAGCUACUUGCAGACCUUGGCCUUCCUAUCCAGAGCAGAGAGCCUAGAAAGAUUAUUCUCAGUGCCACCAUGACAAGGGAUAUCUCUAAGCUGAACUCACUUCGGCUUGCCAACCCUAAAAUGGUGGUCGUCGGCGCAGGAGAUCAUGCUUCUGGCGAUGGUGAGAAUGCCAUUGCUCCUUCGGAUGAGCAAUUUACACUGCCCCCGACUAUCAAAGAAUAUGCUAUUUCGAUUGAUGAUGAGUCGAAGAAACCGCUCUAUCUUUUGCGUCUUCUGCAGUCGCACAUUAAACUUGAUACCAAGACGAACACCAAGAAUGUAUCGCCCAAAGCGUCGUCAGACUCCGAAGACACCAGCUCUGAAGGUUCAAGCUCCGACGACACUAGCUCUGAUGACACUAGCUCUGAUGACACUAGCUCUGAUGACACCAGCUCUGAUGACACUAGUUCGGAUGACAUUGAUUCUUCGUCUGAUGAAGACACUUCGGAUUCAGAAAGCGACUCAUCCGAAGAUACAUCGGACUCUGAGUCAGAAUCAGACUCGGACUUGGACUCUGAAUCUGAGUCUGAAGAAGAAAGCUCUCACAAGGAUGGGGAUAAGGCCCAGCCCGCUCGUAACACUGUUUUGAUCUUCACCAAAUCAUCUGAAUCAGCAUCACGACUUUCUCGUCUACUUUCCCUCGUCAAUCCAUCAUUAGCCAGCUGUGUUGGAACAAUCAUCAAAUCGAACAAGUCGUCAGCUUCACGCAAGACUUUGACUGCUUACCGGCAAGGCAAGAUUUCCGUAAUUGUGGCCACCGAUCGUGCGUCGCGUGGUCUUGAUCUCGAGUCCUUGACUCACGUUGUCAACUACGAUGUGCCCCCCAGUAUCACGACCUACGUGCACCGUAUUGGACGAACGGCUAGAGCAGGAAAGGAGGGAUCGGCGUGGACACUUGUUGCGCAUCGCGAAGGCAGAUGGUUUACAAACCAGAUCGCAAAGGGCUCUGACGGAAAACUCACAAGAGCCGGCAAGCUCGAAAGAAUGAGCAUGAAGCUUAACGACAUGACCGACGUCAAGUCCAAGUAUAGAGCUGCAUUGGAUGUGCUCGAAACGGAAGUGAGGAUGGGUGGCAAGGUCAAGUCUUCAAAAUCUGAAGAGUAGGAUGAUGCAGCCUUGAGCCACAUGGAAUUAUAUCAGCAUUUGGGAUCAUCUCCAUUUCUUUUUCUCGUCUUAUAGAGUUACAUGUUUCCAGGACAGGGGUUUCGGGUCCAUCCAGUCUUUGCGUUUCUUAUGUCUUCUGGAGACACUGAUGUCUUCCAAUUUAUCAUACUACUGUACAUAAUUGUCACGGUCGAAACAUCUACAAUUUCAAACCAUUGAGGAUAUAUAUCGCCAGUA